UAAUAAAAACCCGUUAAUUGACAAGGCUCCUACUUUUUACUUCCUUUUUUAAACUACGGCACAUAAAAAUUCACAAUCAUGACGCAAAUGAAAUAUUCCAUAGUGUCCAGAGAGCGAGAUCAACGUGUUGAAAGUUCGGAACCGGCAAUUACUGGUAGUAUAGGAGGUGGUAGUGUGAGCAGUGGUGGAAUUGUAGGCACAUCUGUCGCUACAUUUCGUGGCUUCCGAAGUCACAGUCCUUCAAAUCGGAGAAGUCGGGAACGAAAUCGUAGAGAAUUUAACCGCACACAUGGUUCGGAUCAAGGUGGUUUGUUAGCUUAUAGCGGUAUGGGUGGUGGAUUACUAAGUGAUAUAAGUGCAAUGGACAGUGGUGGUAGUGGUAGUGGUGUGACUAUAGAAGAUUCACGUUUAUCAGGCAAUGAAGAUCUUUGCUAUCAAUCAUUUGCAUCAGAUGACGUCGAUGGUAAUCCGCCCAGUUCUUUAGCUGACAACAAUAAAAAACAUCAUCGCCAUCAUGAACGCACUUCAAGCCUACAAGCAAUUGAUCGGCUUAACACAAAAAUUCAAUGUACAAAAGAGUCCAUAAGAAAGGAGCAAACUGCCAGGGAUGAUAAUGUUAAUGAAUAUCUAAAGCUUGCCGCUAGUGCUGAUAGACAGCAAUUGCAACGAAUAAAGGCUGUUUUUGAAAAGAAAAAUCAAAAGAGCGCACAUAAUAUUUCUCAGCUACAAAAAAAACUAGAUAAUUAUACCAAACGCGCGAAAGAUCUACAAAAUCAUCAGUAUCAAAAUAAAAGCCAACAUCGACAACCGCGUGAAGUACUUCGAGACGUGGGACAAGGAUUAAGAAAUGUGGGUGGCAAUAUACGCGAUGGUAUUACUGGUUUCUCAGGAUCUGUUAUGUCUAAGCCACGUGAAUUUGCGCAUUUAAUCAAAAAUAAAUUUGGCAGUGCGGACAAUAUCAAUCAAAUGUCGGAAACUGAAAUUAAUAACAUCAACAUGCCCGUAAAUUCUGAGGUAAUAGGUACUUCCACGCCAAAUAAUGCUGUUCCAGCCACAUCUACAGGUUCCGGUAAUACCGCCGGAAGUGGAAAAUUUAAUAGUGAAAAUGGCAGCGAAUGCAGUAGCGUAACAAGUGAGAGUAUACCAGCCGGCUCUGGAAAAAGUCAAUCAGGCGCUAGCCAAUACCACAUUGUUUUAAAAUCACUACUCACAGAAUUAGCUGAGCGGAAAGAUGAGAAUGAAAAACUGAAAGAACGUGUAGAACGUUUAGAAACCGCGCAAAAGGAUUUUAAUAAUUUAACCGCCACCCUUGAAUCGGUGCGUUACCGUUCAGAUGAUCUUGUGGACCAGAUUAACGACUUGACAGAAUUACAUCAGAAUGAAAUUGAAAACCUCAAACAAACAAUAGCUGAUAUGGAAGAAAAAGUUCAAUAUCAAAGUGAUGAAAGACUUAGGGACGUAAAUGAGGUGCUUGAAAAUUGCCAAACAAGGAUAUCUAAAAUGGAACAUUUAUCUCAACAACAAUAUGUGACAGUAGAAGGAAUCGAUAAUUCUAACGCACGUGCGCUUGUCGUUAAACUUAUUAAUGUUGUGCUGACAAUUCUACAGGUUGUUCUGCUUUUAGUAGCAACUGCUGCCGGUAUAAUAAUGCCAUUUUUAAAAACCAGGGUGCGUGUUUUAACGACAUUCUUAACUAUUUUUAUUAUUAUUUUUGUGAUACGACAAUGGCCUGAUGUGCAAGAUAUUGGUGCUGGGCUAGUACGACAUUUGAAGGAGUCUUUGGUUGUUAAAUAGAAUAUGUAAAACUUUUUACACAAACACACAUCCAUCAUGCACAUAUAACAUAAUUCACAUAGCCACACAUCCAACAAAUAAACAUGCUCAUUAUUAGGCUUUAUUCGUUAUAAAAUAAAAAAUAUAUAAUUAAAUUAAAUUGCUUUAGCUAAAGAAAUUAAUAGUGCAAAAUAAAAACAAAAUUAUUAAGUGAUUUAUUUGUAAAUAAUUUUUGUACAAAUAUUGCACAGAAAAAAUUACCACAAUAAUGUAAUGGAAUUAGUAAAAUUUUACAUUCGAAAC